ACCUGUCUUCACUCUAUCCUAUCUUCUCACCCACCAAAUCGAUUUCUCCACCCUAGACUUCCCACUGUGAGAGAGUGAGCCAGUGAGAGCUUUUCUACACGCUCUGUAACUCUCCCCCUGAAAAUCCCAAACAAUGGCUUGCUCGGCUGCCUCCACCGCUCUCCUCUCCGCAAACCCCGGGGCUUUCUCUACCAAAGCCGCUGCUCCGAUGGCCUCGAUCUCCAAGCCCUUCUCUCAAACCCUAACCAUCCCCAAGUCCUUCAACGGCCUCCGCAGACCCAUCCAAUCCCACGCCCCUCGAUCCCUCUCGCUCUCUCGUGGCUCCCAUUCUCGACGGAGCUUCGUUGUCAGAGCCUCUAGUGAACUUCCAUUGGUUGGAAAUGUAGCACCAGACUUUGAGGCAGAGGCUGUUUUUGAUCAGGAGUUCAUCAAGGUUAAACUCUCUGAAUAUAUUGGGAAGAAAUAUGUGAUUCUCUUUUUCUACCCAUUGGACUUCACAUUUGUUUGCCCCACAGAGAUCACUGCUUUCAGUGACCGCCAUGGUGAAUUUGAGCAGCUAAACACUGAAAUAUUGGGUGUUUCAGUUGACAGUGUGUUCUCGCACCUUGCGUGGGUCCAAACAGACAGAAAAUCUGGUGGGCUUGGUGAUCUGAAGUAUCCUUUGAUUUCUGAUGUCACAAAAUCAAUCUCAAAAUCCUAUGGUGUGCUAAUCCCAGAUCAGGGGGUUGCAUUGAGGGGACUUUUCAUCAUUGACAAGGAAGGAGUGAUCCAACACUCCACCAUUAACAAUCUUGCCAUUGGUCGGAGUGUUGAUGAGACGAAGAGAACACUCCAGGCUUUGCAGUAUGUGCAGGAGAACCCAGACGAAGUUUGCCCUGCUGGAUGGAAGCCUGGAGAGAAGUCGAUGAAGCCAGAUCCUAAGCUCAGCAAAGAGUACUUCUCAGCAAUAUAGAGUGGAGCUACCAUUUAUGAUCCUAGUUGCCUGUCUUUUUCAAUUAGCGUGGUGUAAACGAGUUUUGUAUUCAUGUAAUGUCUUUGAAUUUUGAGCAGUAGCAGAUGGUUGGGAAUAAAUAUUGGCCUUGCCCUGUUUUUUUGGAAUGUAUGAAUGUAGUUAAGUACAAUAGAUGCACUACAACCUUUACUA